UGUGCGGUUAUCAGAGAAACAAACCGCUCUCUGUAAAAAUGUCGACCUUCCCUUCCUCUAGCUCCUCCUCUGUCCAACCCCUACUCCUCUCUGACGCUGCUGGCGGUCACACAGUGAAACCGGAAUAGGAUUGACGUGGAGCCGGAGUGGAGAGACUCCGGGAGUGGACACACGUGUCGGCACUGGGGAAACCGAACGGGCGGGAGAGGUGUGUGUGGGGGGGAGGGGAAGGCUGCUCGUCGUGUGGACGCCGCUCGCGGCCGCUCUACCUGAGAGGCCAUGGGACUGCUCGAGCGCGUCCGGAAGCAGUGGUUCCUGGUGGCCAUCGUGCUGGCCAUCACCUUCGCUAAACUAAAGCCUUCAGUGGGAAUGCAUGGAGGACCAUUGAGGCCAGAGAUUACUAUAACUUAUGUUGCUGUUUCAACUAUAUUUUUAAACAGUGGACUCUCAUUAAAGACUGAGGAGCUGACUAGUGCUUUGAUGCAUGUGAAACUUCACAUGUUUGUACAGAUCUUUACCCUUGGAUUUUUCCCAACUGCUAUUUGGUUUUUUCUUAAAUUAUUAGCUCUAACAUCUAUAAACCCAUGGCUUUUAAAAGGUUUGCAGACUGUUGGUUGUAUGCCUCCUCCUGUGUCAUCAGCUGUAAUCCUAACCAAAGCAGUUGGUGGAAAUGAGGCAGCUGCUAUUUUCAAUUCUGCUUUUGGAAGUUUUCUGGGAAUUGUUAUCACACCGCUAUUACUUCUGCUGUUUCUAGGUUCUUCCUCUUCAGUGCCAUUUACAUCAAUUUUCUCUCAGCUGUUCAUGACUGUAGUAGUCCCGCUCAUUGUAGGACAGAUUUUACGAAGAUACAUCAAGGAUUGGCUUGAAAGGAAGAAGCCCCCAUUUGGAGUUAUCAGUAGUUGUGUGCUCCUUAUGAUCAUAUAUUCAACAUUUUGUGAUACUUUCUCCAAUCCAAAGAUUGACAUAGAUACCUUUAGUCUGAUUACAAUUAUUCUUAUAACAUUUUUCCUUCAGCUGAGUUUCAUGUUUUUAACUUUUAUCAUUUCUACAAGAAAAAAAUCAGGUUUUACAGCUGCAGACACAGUUGCCAUUAUGUUCUGUUCAACACAUAAAUCGCUGACUCUUGGAAUCCCAUUGUUGAAGAUAGUGUUUUCAGGGUAUGAACAUUUAUCCCUCAUCUCUGUUCCAUUGCUCAUCUAUCAUCCCACCCAGAUUCUGCUAGGUGGCCUAUUAGUUGGAACAGUGAAAAACUGGAUGAUCACUCGUCAAAAAGCUCUACAGCUCACAAGACAAUCAAAGAUACCUGUAUAACAUCAAUGGAAUCUUUUAUUUUGUAUGAAUGCAUAUAUGCCAUGCAAUGAAAAGUAUAUGUAGAACCUCAGCAAACCGUUUGAGUGAUGAUUUAUGUUUAAGCAUUUUAUGUAUGUAUCUAUUUUAUUUUGAAGAUGUUCAUGAUUAAGUGCCUUAAGAGUACAGCUGACACUUUUAGUUUGAUUUUCUUUUUAUGUAAGAAUUAUUUGUUGAAUAAGAGCAGAAGACUGCAGCAAAUUAUUCAAGGUGUAUGAAUAAUUUUUCUUUUAGCAACAAAAAUUACUAAAUCAACACAUGGGAUAAUUAACAAUUGUACCAUCUGGGUUUUGAAAUACUGUCCAGCUAUCAAAAAAAGUGUUUUCUUUCAUAUUUCUGACCUAUUUUUCUUAAAACGAAACAAAUGUUACAUUGGUAUUUGCCCCCUUAGGCUUUACAUCUAAUGUUACAACAUUAGCUGCCCUCCUUUUGUGUUAAAUUCACAAAGCUUUUGCCUUUUGUCCCAUGAGGAUUCCCCAUAGUAUGUCUAAGUGCUGUUGUGGUGGAUAAAGGGCAGAAAUUAACUCUGUUAGUGUCUGCUCCCAUUAAAACCAUAAUGCUUGACAUUAAUCGAAUUGAGGAAUGGUAGCUAUUUUUAAGUAGUUUCUUGCUGGAUUGAGGGUAGGCAAGGCAACUGAUAGAAGUUCUCCAGUCAAAUUGCAUCAGUACCCUUCAGUCAGUCAAACUAUCAUAUUCAGAUAAGACAAAAUUACAUUCCAAAUAGACAUUAUUAUUGAACAGUUAUUGAAUGUGGGAAACACUAAAUAUUUCAUUCAGUGGUGUAACCUACUACAAACUAGUUGCUGGAAGCUGUUCUUUGAAUGUAUUAAUGUAAUUCUAUGUUCUAUAAUGAUAUAACUGAAUCUCAUUCAAUGAAUCAAAAUUAUGUGCGGAUAAGUUGUAGUAAUUCAUAGCUGCAAACUGCCCAAUAUCAGUUCCUUUGUUAUCAACUAAUAUAAAGCACCCAAAAUUCUAUUCCAUUUUAUGCUAUUAAACUCGUAUCCUAUGAGGACCUGCAUAAUUUUAUGUCACAAGCAUUUAUUUUGACAUGGUGUGCCAUCUGUAGCACUGGUAAAGGCUAAUAAAAAUGUUUAUUUUUAUAUAUUAUUGUUUUAUAUAUAUAUAUAUGUGUUUGUGUAUUUAUACACGUGCAGAUAUAGAGCGCUUCGGUCUCAGAACUCAGAUAACUAAAUCCAUUUGACCUCUAAAGUCACAAUGUGCGAUUAAAAUGGACACUUCAGUUGGAUUACUACUUUGCAUCCUUCAUAAAUUCAGUCACAGUUCCUUUGGACAGUAUUGUGUUCAUCUAUUAAAUGCAGUAAAGGGAUUUUUUUUAAAUGCAUUAUAAAUUUUGGAGCAUAAUCCUUGAAAUAAUGAGACCAUUAGUAACUUACAAUUAGUAAUACAGCCAUGUAGACCAAACUCUUUCAUCAGGCUUUGCUCGUGUUUAAGUCACUGGCUAUCAGCUGUUUAUUCAUUGUUAUUUACUGAGCUGCUUUCAUACCAUGUAAUUGUCUCUAACAUUUUGCUUUUAGUUGCUUCUGGACAAAAUAGGACCUUGGUGCAGUAUCUGAGUCUUUUUAGAGUUAUGUAAGAUUUUGAAUGCUAUUGGUUGUGGGCCAUUAUUAAUGUUUUAAUGUGUUAUUAACCUGAACAAAUGUCUAGAAGUACAUUAUUGUUAGGACCAGUUUAUUUUGUGUUUAUUUUACAAGUAUAUUGUUGUCCAGUGGCAGUCUUUAUUUUUGCAAGAUUCAUCAAUAAAGAGUCAUUGUGUACAUUU